GGAGUCGCGGAGGGAGGAGGACAGCGCCAUUCCGGCCGGCCGCUCCCUCCGUUCCCUCUCUCCCUUCCCCGCAGUGCCCCCGGGAGCCGCCAGCCUAGGAGCGCGCGAACGCGUGACGCGGCCCGGCUUGCUCGCGCCUUCCCGCGCCCCGGCGUCGGCCACCCGCCCAUGGCCCGGGCCGCCGCGGACGAGCCGCGCUGAGGCGGGCCGCGCGGGGACGUGGGGCCGCCGCGGUGGCCCUCUCAGUCCGCGCCUCGCCGCCUGCCCGCGGUGCCCGCGCACGCCGGCCGCCAUCGCCUUCGUGCUUGGCUGGCGGGGGCGCUGUCCUCCCGGCUGUGCGCGCCGCUCCGGACGCCGCGGGGGCCAUGACCGUGGAGCAGAACGUGCUGCAGCAGAGCACGGCGCAGAAGGAUAGUAAUGGAAACUUGGAAUUAGCAGUGGCUUUCCUUACUGCAAAGAAUGCCAAGACCCCUCAGCAGGAGGAGACAGCUUAUUACCAAACGGCACUUCCUGGCAAUGAUAGAUACAUCAGUGUGGGAAGCCAAGCGGAUACAAAUGUGAUUGAUCUCACUGGAGAUGAUAAAGAUGAUCUUCAGAGAGCAAUCGCCUUGAGUUUGGCGGAAUCAAACAGGGCAUUCAGGGAGACUGGAAUAACUGAUGAGGAGCAAGCCAUUAGCAGAGUUCUUGAGGCCAGCAUAGCAGAAAACAAAGCAUGCCUGAAGAGGACACCCACAGACGUUUGGAGGGAUUCUCGAAACCCUUAUGAUAGAAAACGACAGGACAAGGCUCCUGUUGGACUAAAGAAUGUUGGCAACACUUGCUGGUUUAGUGCUGUUAUUCAGUCAUUAUUCAAUCUUUUGGAAUUUAGAAGAUUAGUUCUGAAUUAUAAGCCUCCAUCAAAUGUUCAAGAUUUGCCCCGAAACCAAAAGGAGCAUCGGAAUUUGCCUUUUAUGCGUGAGCUGAGGUAUCUUUUUGCACUUCUUGUUGGUACUAAAAGGAAGUAUGUUGAUCCGUCAAGAGCUGUUGAAAUUCUUAAGGAUGCCUUCAAAUCAAAUGACUCACAGCAGCAAGACGUAAGUGAAUUUACACACAAAUUAUUAGAUUGGUUAGAAGAUGCCUUCCAAACAAAAGCUGAAGAAGAGACGGAUGAAGAGAAGCCAAAGAAUCCCAUGGUAGAGUUGUUCUAUGGAAGAUUCCUAGCUGUGGGAGUACUUGAAGGUAAAAAAUUUGAGAACACUGAAAUGUUUGGUCAGUACCCACUUCAGGUUAAUGGUUUCAAAGAUCUGCACGAGUGCCUAGAAGCUGCAAUGAUUGAAGGAGAAAUUGAAUCUUUACAUUCAGAGAAUUCAGGAAAAUCAGGCCAAGAGCAUUGGUUUACUGAACUACCACCUGUGCUAACAUUUGAAUUGUCAAGAUUUGAAUUUAAUCAGGCAUUAGGAAGGCCAGAAAAAAUUCACAACAAAUUAGAAUUUCCCCAAGUUUUAUAUUUGGACAGAUAUAUGCACAGAAACCGAGAAAUAACAAGAAUUAAGCGGGAAGAGAUCAAGAGACUUAAAGAUUACCUCACAGUAUUACAACAAAGAUUAGAAAGAUAUUUAAGCUAUGGCUCUGGUCCCAAACGAUUCCCCUUGGUAGAUGUUCUGCAGUAUGCAUUGGAAUUUGCCUCAAGUAAACCUGUUUGCACUUCUCCUAUUGAUGAUAUCGAUGCCAGUUCCCCACCUAGUGGUUCCAUACCAUCACAGCCCUUACCAAGCACAACAGAGCAGCAGGGUGCUCCUUCUUCAGAACUGCCCAGCACAUCACCUGCAUCAGUUGCUGCCAUUUCAUCAAGGUCAGUGAUACACAAACCUUUCACACAGUCUCGGAUACCUCCAGAUUUACCCAUGCAUCCAGCACCAAGGCACAUAACAGAAGAAGAACUUUCUGUUCUCGAAAGCUGUUUACAUCGCUGGAGGACAGAAAUAGAAAAUGACACAAGAGAUUUGCAGGAAAGCAUAUCCAGAAUCCACCGAACAAUUGAAUUAAUGUACUCUGACAAAUCCAUGAUCCAAGUUCCUUACCGCUUGCAUGCCAUCUUAGUUCACGAAGGCCAAGCCAAUGCUGGGCACUACUGGGCAUACAUUUUUGAUCAUCGUGAAAGCAGGUGGAUGAAGUACAAUGAUAUUGCUGUGACAAAAUCAUCAUGGGAAGAACUAGUGAGGGACUCUUUUGGUGGUUAUAGAAAUGCCAGUGCAUACUGUUUAAUGUACAUAAAUGAUAAGGCACAAUUCUUAAUACAAGAGGAGUUUAAUAAGGAAACUGGGCAAGCCCUUGUUGGAAUAGAAACAUUGCCACCAGAUUUGAGGGAUUUUGUUGAAGAAGACAACCAACGAUUUGAAAAAGAACUAGAAGAGUGGGAUGCACAACUUGCCCAGAAAGCUUUGCAGGAAAAGCUUUUAGCAUCUCAGAAACUAAGAGAGUCUGAGUCUUCUAGAACAGGUUUGUGAAUUUUCAUCAAGUUGUAUUAUGUGGUCUUAUAUGGUCAAUAAAUUGUACUCAUUGUGUUAUUAAAAAAUAUGUUCAUUGAAAGAACAAAUCUCAAAUCUUCACUGUGUCAAAGUAUGAAGAAGCCAAUAGAUGCCAUCUGAAAUUGUAGCACUCAACAAUAACUACAAGCUUAAUAGCUUUGUUACCUCUCUAUUCAAUAACACUGUAUACAUGUAAACUUCUUCAAGGUAAUUGCUGUGAUUCUGACUGUGCUCUGCCUACUUUGCAUAAGCUGUUCUCUUCUUGUGAAAUCAGCAAGCCACCAAAUAAAUUUGUCAAAAUAAUGAGAUCUAUUAACCUCUGAUUUUAGAAAAAUAAUAACUGUUGGUAUAUCCAUCUAUAUUUUAUGUAAUACUAAUAUAGCACCAUUAAUAUAGGGUAUUUUAUUUUAAAAAAAUUCUUCAAAUUAAAAACAGGUUACCCAAAACUAAAUUCUUAAUAUUCCAAGAAAAAAUACUAUGUAGAUGUAUAAAGCAAAGAAGUGUAUAAAAACAUAAAUAUUAAAAAAUGACAUUGUCACCUACAGCCAUACCACUCUGAGUGCAGCUGAUCUUGUCUGAUCU